UGAAUUGCACAUCUAUUCACCCGUUAACCAACCCUGUUCUUCAAUGAAGUGAUUUACGAAAUAACUGCCAUGAACGCGCAAUAUUUUGCCCUGUUUCUCCUCUGCUGGAUUUCACCAGUCUGCCGAGGAGCCAAUGGGAUAUAUGCCCAGAGACUGCUCAGUGAUUUAUUCAGCAACUACACCAGUGCAUUGAGACCAGUGGAGGACACAGAAGACAUCCUUAAUGUCACACUACAGAUCACCCUCUCACAGAUCAUUGACAUGGACGAGCGUAACCAGAUUCUGACUGCGUAUCUAUGGAUACGGCAGGUGUGGAUUGACACGUAUCUCACCUGGAAUAAAGAUGACUAUGACGGACUUGAUACCAUCCGUAUACCUAGUAGUUAUGUAUGGAGACCAGAUAUAGUCCUAUAUAACAAUGCUGAUGACCACUUCACUAGCACUAUGGACACCAAUGUGGUCAUUCGCCACGAUGGCCAGAUCAUGUGGGAUGCUCCAGCCAUCACCAAAAGCUCCUGCAAGGUGGAUGUCUCCUUUUUUCCCUUUGACGCCCAACAAUGUCGUCUGACCUACGGGUCCUGGACCUACAACGGGAACCAACUGAACAUUCAGAAUGCAAUGGACAGUGCAGAUCUUGCUGACUUGGUUGAUAAUGUGGAAUGGGAGGUGCUGGGAAUGCCAGCCAAGAGAAACGUCAUUCUGUACGGCUGCUGUGCAGAUCCAUAUCCAGAUGUGACGUACACUCUGAAACUGAAGAGAAGGGCUUCAUUUUACGUGUUCAACUUGCUCAUUCCUUGUGUGAUGAUCUCAUUCCUGUCUCCGCUGGGCUUCUAUCUGCCAGCAGACUCUGGGGAGAAGGUGUCACUGGGUGUUACUGUAAUGUUGGCCCUCACCGUCUUUCAGCUGCUGGUAGCUGAGAUUAUGCCUCCUUCUGAGAAUGUACCUCUUAUAGGAAAAUACUACAUAGCGACAAUGACUAUGAUAACUGCAUCCACUGCCCUCACCAUAUUUAUAAUGAAUAUACAUCACUGUGGCCCAGAGGCCCGACCCGUCCCGAACUGGGCCAAAAAAUUCAUCCUGGAGUAUCUUGCCAGGAUUUGCUUUGUCUAUGAAGUUGGUGAGAACUGCAUGACCGUACAACCAGAAAAAAACGAUCCUCACUCCCAAAAGCCACCCGCAGGAAGAGGAGAGGACCAUGAUGCUAGGCAUAAACCUCAGUGCAUAUGUGAGCAGCAGCUUCUUUUGAGGAAUAUCGAGUAUGUUGCAAACUGUUACCGUGACCAGAGAGCUACAGCAAGAAGAACUGGGGAGUGGAAAAAAGUGGCCAAGGUUCUGGACCGAUUCUUCAUGUGGAUGUUUUUCAUUAUGGUCUUCUUCAUGAGUCUGCUCAUAAUGGGGAAAGCUAUCUGA